AUGCAAAAGGGAUAUGCGACCUACAUAAAUUCUGCAAUGGGAUUGCACAAUCGAUUCAUCGAAUCUUUCAAUUCACUCUCGCCUCGAGUCUCGACUUGUCACUUAGACAGUCAACUCAAGGAUAAUGGAUGUAGUAUAUUAGCAGGCAUCCCUUGGAAUGGUUCCAACUUCCCUCCGCUCGGUAAUUAUGGAGGAGACACUCGGCCCAAGUCCAAUCUUUUGUUCAAAGCUCUCCAAGAAUUUAGUGGAGAAGCACCACUAGCCCGGGUCGCCAAUGGGCACGAAAGCUAA